GUGGGUAUUUCAAAUUAAAAAGAACAAAAUUAUGACAAAAGCAUCACUUUCAGUGCUUUUUGAUUUUGUAAGCCAUUUUUUUUUUCAAAUUUAUUAAACAAAACAUUAAAACGCAAUUCUAGUUGAUUAGUCCGGCAAUGUUCUUUAAAUUUGUAACGUCUAAAAAUCAGCUGGUACCAGUGUAGUCCGGCAACACCAUUUACAGCAAUUGUUAUUGUUAUUGUUACGGGGAACCCAUGCGUUUGAAUGAGAAAACACGAAUUGUUGGACAGCGGGUUAUCCUUGUUCCUUACGAGGCUAAGCAUGUCCCCAAAUACCAUCAAUGGAUGAGUAAUGAAGCCCUCAGACAGUUAACAGCAUCGGAGGAACUCUCCCUUCCAGAGGAGUACGCCAUGCAACACAGUUGGCGUGAAGAUGACGACAAACUGACUUUUAUAGUUCUUUCUGCCGAUCUCUAUCGGCAGAGUAAGGAUGAAAUUGCUGCCAUGGUGGGUGACACUAAUCUCUUUCUGCACCAAGAUGAAGAUAGUGGACAAAAGAUUGCCGAGGCGGAGAUUAUGAUUGCAGAGCAGGACUCUAGAGGCAAGGGCUAUGGGCGUGAGGCGAUGCUUCUAAUGCUUAAAUAUGCACGGGAUCACCUGGAUAUAGAUAAAUUUGAGGUCAAAAUCGACAUGGACAAUGUAAUAUCUCAGCGAAUGUUUCAAAGUUUUAAAUUCGUGGAAACACGACGUGUGGAAGUCUUUCAUGAGGUGACCCUAGAAAGGUCUAUUACGCCGGAUUGGAAUAAGUGGCUGGAUGAAGAGGUGAAGCUGAAAAUAGAGAGCUACUAAGGAAUAUUAUUUGUAAAUAACAAAAAUAUUAGGUUUAAACUAUAAUAAACAGAGAGUAAUUGUAAGAGA